AUAAAUUUCACUUGCAACGUGUAUUUCUUCAGAGAGAAAUGGUUGGACCAGUGAGACCUAAGUUUGUAUUGUUUGGUUCUUCCAUAGUUCAGAAUAGUUUUAGCAACGAAGGAUGGGGUGCAAUUCUUGCUACCUUAUAUGCUCGUAAGGCAGACAUACUUUUGCGAGGAUACUCCAGCUGGAAUUCCAGGCGUGCUCUGCAGGUUUUGGAUAAAAUCUUUCCAAAGGAUGCACCAAUACAACCUUCAUUGGUGAUUGUCUAUUUUGGUGGUAAUGAUUCAGUGCAUCCUCAUCCAUCUGGCAUAGGCCCUCAUGUACCACUUCCUGAGUAUAUUGAAAAUAUGAGGAAGAUAGCCAUGCAUCUAAAGACCCUUUCAGAGAAGACUCGCCUUAUCUUCCUGAGUGCUCCUCCUGUCAACGAGGAACAAAUUCGCAAAACAUUAAGUGAUAAAUUGGGAGAGCUGAAUCGGACAAAUGAGUCCUGCAGAAUAUAUUCAGAAGCUUGUUUAGAGCUGUGUAGGGACUUGGAUAUUAAGGCCAUUGAUCUAUGGACUUCUAUUCAGAAAAGGGAUGAUUGGUUGACUGAAUGCUUUACGGAUGGAAUUCAUUUCUCAUCUGAGGGGAGCAAGAUUGUAGUAAAGGAAAUAAUGAAGGUCCUUAGGGAAGCAGAAUGGGAACCAAGUCUACACUGGAAGUCACUGCUUGCUGAAUUUGGAGAGGAUUCACCCUAUGAUCCAGUCAGUCCUGAUGGCAAUACCACUGUGAAUGUCUCUGAGGGCAGCUUCCGCAGAAACAUGCAAUGGGAAUAGAAAAUUAAUAAGUAAUAAACCUAUUGAAUACUAGCCUCUGAGCAAGUUUUUUGGUCACGACCUGACUGUUGCUUGGUGUGGUCAUUGUGCUUGUCAUUUUCUUCAAAUAAUUCGGUUGUGACAGCCCUGAGAUUGAGUUAAAAAUAGCAAUUAGUGUGGUCAUUGUGCUUAAAUGGUUCAUAUGUAGUGUCAACUUUCUCAAUGUUUGUUAUGUAAUCAUCUGAUUCUUUAGCAGUAAGCUUUAUUGAGUGAAAAAAAUGUUACCUAGAUAUUUUAAUUAAUGAGAACAUUUUGGCAAUA